AGGCGGAUCUGCCCUUGAGAAGACCAGGAAUGUUCUUCCGGGUGCGCUGUUGCAGUUUCCCUGUAGCUGAGCCGGCUUCAGUGGGUCUGUCUGAUGUGCUCUGAGCCCUGCUGCUGGGUGCUGUGAGGCGCGCCCAGGCGAGCUCCGGAGUUGCAACAUGAAUGCAGUGACCUAUGAUGAUGUGUAUGUGAAUUUCACUCGGGAAGAGUGGGCUUUGCUGACUCCUUCACAGAAGAGUCUCUACAAAGAUGUGAUGUUGGAGACCUACAAUAACCUCACUGCUAUAGGGUACAAUUGGGAAGAACAUUAUAUUGAAGAAGAAUUUCAAAGUUCUAGAAGAGAUGGAAGGCAUGAAACAUGUCAUAUCGGAGAGAAACCCUAUGAAUGUAAUCAUUGUGGUACAGCCUUUGCAACUCACCGUCAUCUUCAAAGGCAUAAAGGAACACAUACUGGAGACAAAUCUUAUGAAUGUAAUCGAUGUGGUAAAGCCUUUGUAUGGAAGUGUCAUCUCCAAAUACAUAAAAGAACGCAUAUUGGAGAGAAAAGUUAUGAAUGUGAUCAAUGUGGUACAGCCUUUGCAAGUCAUGGCCAUCUUCAAAGGCAUAGAAAGACACAUAUUGGAGAGAAACCUUAUGAAUGUAAUCAAUGUGGUAAAGCCUUUUCCCAACACAGUUCUCUACAAGACCAUAAAAGAAUACAUACUGGAGAGAAACCAUAUGAAUGUGAUCAUUGUGGUACAGCCUUUGCAACUCACCGUCAUCUUCAAAGGCAUAAAGGAACACAUACUGGAGAGAAAUCUUAUGAAUGUAAUCGAUGUGGUAAAGCCUUUGUAUGGAAGUGUCAUCUCCAAAUACAUAAAAGAACGCACAUUGGAGAGAAACGUUAUGAAUGUGAUCAAUGUGGUACAGCCUUUACAAGUCAUGGCCAUCUUCAAAGGCAUAAAAGGACACAUACUGGAGAGAAACCUUAUGAAUGUAACCAAUGUGGUAAAGCCUUUUCACAACACAGUUCUUUACAAGACCAUAAAAGAAUACAUACUGGAGAGAAACCCUAUGAAUGUAACCAAUGUGGUAAGGCCUAUACACGUCAAAGUCAUCUCCAAAGACAUAAAAGAAUACAUACUGGAGAGAAACCUUAUAAAUGUAAUCAAUGUGGUAAAGCCUUUGCUUAUCAAAAUAGUCUCCAGUAUCAUCAAAGAACACACUCUGGAGAGAAACCCUAUGAAUAUAACCAAUUUAGUAAAAUAUUUGCACAACAUAGUACUCUCCACAGCAUAGAUAGGUACAUUUUUGAGAGAAACCCUUUGAGUAUAAUGUGCGGUAUAACCUUUGCAGGUCAAAGUCAUCUUCAAAGUCAUGAAAGAAUUCAUACUGAAGAGAAUCUUUAUGAAUAUUUUUAAUAUUGUAAAGCCUUUGCACAUUUCUAUAUCUUAAUCAUCUUUAAAGUAUUCAUAGUUGAGAGAAAUUCUAUGAAUGUAAGCAGUAUGGUAAUGUCUUUUUGUUCUGAUUCCACGUAGAUCCAUCACAAGUCAAACACCAGAUCAAUGCAAAUGACAAGAAUUAAUUGUAAUAAAGCUGCUACUGAUUAAACAGGCCUUUGAACAUAUUCUGGAGGUGAAAUACAACCCAUGUUACGGAGCUUUUAAGCUUGAAAAGCAUAAACAUCUGUGCCAAGUUACAGCUACAUUUUUCUACCAAUCAGCAUUUAGUGAUGGCAGCUUUGCGUAUGUGAUUGAUGUAUGUUAAUGUGUACAAAAUGUAUGUUUUACACUCUAACCAAUAAUAUCCAUUUGUUCCUUUGUAGUUAGGAACAGUCAUUAUGUUUGGGGGAACAAAAGAUGUUAACAGAUGCUGUAGUUAGGAAGUCAUGUUUUAGAAAAUAGAAGCCGUGUUUAGCUUGAGGUAGUAAGGAUAUGUAUAUAUUGUUUGGUGUUCAUUGCUUCUUUAUGUUCAUAUUAGUUACCAUCUGACACUUCCUCUUAAAGUACUGCCUUCUAAGGGAAUUAUCUUAAGGUAGUAGGUAAUUUAACAGCAAUGAGACUUAUUAAAUUUUGUUCUGUUGUGUGUGUGUAAUGUGAUUACUAGUUUUUAGGCCAUGAUGGAUAGAUGGAAACUGGAAAACAACUUUCUACUUUGACUAUCUUUCUAUGGUGAUAAAGGUCAGGUUGGCAGCUUUGCACACCAAAGAAAUUUUCCACUGAGCCAUUUCACUGAGGUUCAAAUAAGAUUAGUUGAAAUAUUUCAUCAGUAAAAUAUUGUCUUCUUUUCAGAUUGUAAACAUAUUGUCAUCUAAGGAUCAAGGAAAACAGGAUGAUUUUAAUAAUUAUUUGUUGCAAAUGAAAAUGAUAUAUUACUAUUGUUUUGGUUUUGUUUUUGUUGGAAUGUGUUAAUUUAUUCUUAGGAGUGAACAUUUGUUCAUACACUUUUUCAGAAUCACAAAUGAAUGCCUGAGAAUUCUCUCACUGGGUAAAGUGGUUGCUGCUAACUUGAUAACCUGAGUUCAAUGGGAGACCCGUAUUACUCCUAUAGGUUUUUUUCUCUUAUUUCUAUCAAUGGUCUGUGGCAUAUGCACAUACACCGAUACAUACAUAAAUAACUUUAUAACACAAAUGAGAGCCAUUGAGGUUACUUAAACCAAAUGACUUCCGGGGUUUGAUUUCUAGAACUCACAUGGGGAAAGUAGAAAAUAGAAACCAAUAAUUUGUCCUCUCACCGCAACAUGAGUACAGUGGGACAGAUGUAUGCACAAAAAACAGAUCAAACAUUUGUUUAAAUGGAUGAAAUUAUCAAAGCAAAGAAAAUAAUCAAAUUAGUGGGAACAUAUGAAAUUAUUUGCAAGUUUAAAUUAUUAUUGCAGAAUUUCAAUAAGUAUUGCUCUCAGGUUCAAAGAUGAGUCAUUUUAAAAACUUAUCUGAGCUGGGUUUAGAGAUGCAUUUCUGCGAUCUCAGCACCUGGGAGACAGUCCAAGGCAGUCUCUCUGAAUUUCAGGUCAGCUUGGACCACAUAGUGAGUUCCAGACAGCCAUGGCUAUGUAGAAAUAUCUUGUCUCAAAAAAUUCCAAAAAGAAAGAGUGUAUCUCGAAUUAUGGUGAUUUUCCUAGUAUACUACAAGUAGACUCUGACUGAUUUCAGCAACACCUUUUGUUAUCUUUACUCAUGUUAAGAAAACUAUGUUGGGACUGUAGAGAUGGUUUAGUAUUUAGGACCAUUGACUGCUCUUCCAGGGAUCUUGAGUUCACUUUCCAGCUACCACAUUGAGGCUUAAAGCAAUCUGUAAUGGGAUGUAAUGCCCUCCUCUGGUGUUUCUGAAGAGAGCGACUGAGUACCACAUAGAUGAAAUAAACAUUUUUUAUGUUAAAAAAAAAAGAGAGAGAGAGGACUAUGCUAACAGUGAAAAUAAGUAAUGUGGAGGGUCCAUUCACAAAAGGGAAGAAAUCCAGAAAUUAGUUCAAUAGCCAUCUAGUAGGAACUUCAUCACUCAAGUGAUAGGAGACAGAAAGAGUAAUGGAGCAUCUUCAUCUUCUGCAUUGGGAGCUGGAGAAUUAGUAGUACUGCUCCUCUUGAGUACCCAAGCUCAGAGCUACCUGUAUUUCCAGAUCCAGGACAUCUGUUUCAUUCUUCUGAGCUCCUGGGGUACCAUAUAUGUAAAUCAUGAAAAGACACAUACGUAUGUAAUUCCCUAUUGUU